GCCGCCAUCAUUGACUGACAGCUGAAACCUUGACCUAAAAUCACCCGAUUUGAAGCGCAUCAGUCACACAGGAUUAGUUUUUAAGAUAUGUGUAAGUGAUUCCGGUCCGCGUUUUACAUCAAACCUCGGGGGUUUCGUGUGUAAACACGGAAGUGUCUGUAACGUUACCGGAAUCGCGUCGGCGUUUUGUCAAUCUCAUGUGUCACUGUAUCACUGACUGAAGCCAUGAUUCGCUUAACAGCGCUGUUCAUAGUUUUGCUUUGCUUGCAUCAAGUUUGCUCCAAUACAACUCCUAAGCAACUGGACACAGAUGAAGGUACAGCUGUUUUGCAGAGCACAUCAGCAAAUGGGCCAAAAAGUAAUGACGCCAGCACAUCAAAGAAUGAUGAUCCUGUGAACACAGUGGUUGAAACCGCAAAUGAAGAAAAUACAAACACAUCUGACGGUAAUAAAGAGGUUAAAAACCCUCAAAUUCUUGAAGCUAUUCUUGAUAGCGAAAAUAAUGCUGCAAAAGAUGGAAAUAAUCAAACCCUACCUGUCCCCAAUAUAGCAGAUGAUGAAAACACAAUCCCGGAAACUGUUACAAAAGAUGUGUCAAACAAUGAAGGAAAGGGCGAAGACAAGCCGCCCACACUUGACCAAAAUAAAAAAGACGAUGACGCUGGUAAACCUGAUGUAGGUGCACCAAAAGCAGAUGGUAAGGUUAAAGAGAAGACGACCACAGAGAAACAAAAUAAAGAAGAUGAUUUUUUACCAAGUGGUAAAAAAGGUGAAAAGCCAGCCACAGCUGACCAAAAUGAGGUUGAUGACAGUAGUAACCCUGAACCUUCUGAAGAAGGUGGAGAUGAAAUGGAUGACAAGAGUGUAGAGAUGAUGACCACACCUGAGAACCCUACAGACGAUGAAGCCAAACAAAAUGACUUUGAUGAAGCGGCUGAAGGUAAAGGUGGUGUUCACCAUAAUGCUGGUGAACCUUCAAAUGAACAGGAUACAUCUAACAGCAAAACAGGAAAGAAGGACGAUGGCAAGCAAAAUGUUCAAUCAGAGAAUGCAGAGAACAGCCACUUCUUUGCCUAUCUGGUCUGUGCCGUUAUACUGGUGGCUGUGCUGUAUAUCGCAAGUCACAACAAGCGCAAGAUUAUUGCCUUCGUCGUUGAGGGCCGGAGAUCAAGAGGCACACGGAGACCCAAGACAUCAGAUUACCACAAACUCGAGCAGCAUUGAGAAAAUCCAGUCAGACGAGUCAGCGGUGGUGGAAUCGAAAUAUUUGAACUGAUUUUGAAACUUGAAUUAUCCAUAAUGAGGCAUAUAUCACCACUCAUAAACACUGCACAGCAGCUGUCACUAAUUCAUCCAAAAUGAUAUUAAUGAUGACAAAUUCUCAUCCAUCCAUAGCAUGUCAGGUAUGUUGAAGACAAUGUCUAUUGUAGCUCUAAAAUUUCUGGGAUGAUCUUCAUUUAGGUUUAGAGUGUUACAAACUCAUAAUUGAAAUUCGCUGUAGCGGUACAUAUUGUAGAUGUUGGUUCUGUAGCCUCUCGUUCUGUUUAAUUACCGAGCCUUUUUUGGUAGAGUUACGUGGUUUUCUUUGUUUUUUCCUUUUCUCAAUUUAUUGCUGGGCGAAAUGGGUAAUACAGAAGAAAAAGAUAUGCAUAUUUGUAAAGUAUAUGUUGGCUGCUUGAAUGAUGUUUUAUGGGAGAUUGGGAAUGAUUGAGUUUUGAAUUGUUCUGAGCGCUGCUGUACCACUUGAAGCUGACCGCACACAUUUAUGGGACAUGAAGUUAUUUCUACAGGUGUGGACUAGAAAAGAAGCAGCAAGCGUUUGUUCCUACGUUAAAGAUGUUCUAAACACUAUGAAUGCAUCUUAUCUGCUAAAUCAGCUUUGAAGGGCUCAACAAAAAGGAUUUUAUUUGCUAACCCAGCCAGACCAGUAGUUUAGAUUCAUACUUGCCCUUUUCAUUGCUCCAACAACAAAAAUAAUGUGUCGGAAAGAAAUGUAUUUAUAGUUUUGGUUCAAUGUAAUUUUUCUUCACCAAAAAUGACUAUCAUUUAUUUGGAUUUAAAGCAAUAAAAGCCGGAAAUUAUUUAAGGUAACACCAUGGCCUAAAAAUAAUCUUUAUCAGUCAGCCCUGCUGUGUUUUAAUGUUUCUGAUCAUUGAUAGAUUUUUUGUUUUAAUUGCGUACAGUAUGCUCUCCAUCUAUGACGCGAGAGGUGUUUGAGUCUGUUGAAAUUACUUGUAUUUGUAUUUGAAUUUGUCAGUCAGUGGUGCAGUUGUGGUUUUCUAAAUGGACUGCACCUGGACACUUUGACAAAAAAAA